CCACUCCUUCCAAUUGAUCGAAAUUCACAGAAAUUCACAGAGGGAGGGAGAGGGGAGAGGUCGCCCGCCGGUUCCUGGCAGUGCCUCCCCCGGCUCAAGUCGGGGAAACGGCCCCCGGUCGGCGGGGCGAGCGGUGUGGGCGCCCGCACCCCCUCCGACGCCGAUCGCGGGGUGGCGGUCCCCGCUCGGCUCCGCCGCGCGACCGCUCCGAUCCUCCCCCUCCCCCGCCCGCGCCCUCCCCCUUCCUUUGACUAGGACUCCGGGACUCGGGAGAGGGCGCGGGAGGCAGCCACUCGGGCCCGACCCCACUCCAGCGCUCGCCGGGGACGCGGGCGGGUGGCGAGGGGACGCGGCGGGGGCGCGGGGCGGGCGCGGCCAUGGAGCGGCGGCGGCGGCGGCGGCAGCACUAGCGACCGCGGGCGGACCAGCGGGCGGGCCGGGCCGCCCGGCGCCGCGGACCGAACUGCACAGCUCAGCAAAAGCGCCCUCGCCCUCCGCGCGCCGCCUCCUGCGAGCCCGAACCCGGCAACAUUUUUUAAGGCUCCAAUCCAUCCUUUGAAGAAAAGAAAAAAAAAAAAAAUAGCAUUGAUUGGAGAGACUGGGAUAUAUAUAAUUGGGGGGAGGGGGGGUGUUCCUGCUAAAAUUAGCCGGGCCCGCGGCGCGCGGUGUGCGAGUGUGUGCGUGCGGGCGUGUGUGUGUGUGUGUGUGUGUGUGUGUGUGUGUGAAUGUGAUUACUCCAGGACUCCUCGGGCUCCGGAGACGCCAUUUUCCCCCUUGAUAUCUCUCUCCGUAAAUCGGUGGCGCGGCGGAGGCGGCCGCGCCGGGCGGGAAGCGCGGGGCCGGCCGGGGCGCCCGCCGCUCGCCUCCGCCUCCGCGCGCCCGGGGGCCCCGGCGCCCCCCGAGCGAGGGCGGCCCGCCCGCGGCUCGCCGUGUGACAGAUGCUCAUCGCCAUGGAGUUGCCGCAGCAGCACCUUCGGGGGCUCGGGCGAGCGACGGGAGCUGGGAUCUGAGCGAGCGCCGGGGCCAGCGGAGCCGGAGCCUCCGGGACGUGGUUGCAGAUCUGAUCUCUUCUGAACAACCUCACCGUGUCUCCAUCCCUGGGACUCUGAACCCAGCAGCCAGACCACUUUCUCCUUGGAAUUUUGGGUGCCCUCUCUUCUCACUUUUCCCUUUUCCCUUUUCCCCAUCCCCCUCCUGAGAACUCUUGGAGACUGUAGGAUUGUCAUGGAGUCCAGGGACGUCUUAAGCAGCUCCCGGCAAAGGGGGAGCGAGUCGGAAUUCCUGCCGGUCUCCUCAGCCAAACCCUCGACUGCUCCUGGCUGUGCAGGGGAGCCUUUGCUCUCUGCUCCGGAGACUGGGAAGGGGAUCCCAGUAGGCGGAGAACGCAUGGAGCCAGAGGAGGAGGAUGAAUUGGGCUCAGGACGGGAUGUGGAUUCCAACUCCAAUGCAGACAGUGAGAAAUGGGUGGCAGGAGAUGGUCUGGAGGAACAGGAGUUUUCUAUCAAGGAGGCAAACUUCACAGAGGGGAGUCUGAAGCUGAAGAUUCAGACCACAAAGCGAGCUAAGAAACCCCCAAAGAAUCUGGAGAACUAUAUAUGCCCACCUGAGAUCAAGAUCACCAUCAAGCAGUCUGGGGACCAGAAGGUGUCCCGUGCUGGGAAAAAUAGCAAAGCCACAAAGGAGGAGGAAAGAAGCCACUCCAAAAAGAAGCUCCUCACAGCCAGUGACCUUGCAGCCAGUGACCUCAAAGGAUUUCAGCCACAGGCUUAUGAGCGGCCACAGAAACACUCAGCUCUCCAUUAUGACCCAGGCCUCCCACAGGACUUCACCGGUGACACCUUAAAACCAAAGCACCAGCAAAAAAGCAGCAGCCAGAAUCACGUGGACUGGUCCACCAACUCUGACAAUGGACCUGCCACUCAGAAUUGCUUCAUCAGUCCCGAGUCUGGCAGAGAAACUGCAAGCACCAGCAAGAUCCCAGCUCUUGAGCCCAUGGCUCCCUUUGCAAAGGCCCAGGGUAAGAAAGGCAGUGCAGGGAGCACAUGGAGUCAGUUGUCCAACAGUAGCAAAGAUCUGCUCUUGGGAGGUGUGGUUCCGUCUCCAAGCAACCACAGCUCACCAGCCCCACCCAGCAGCUCUGCUGAGUGCAGUGGGCUUCAGCCUUUGGUAGAUCAAGAUGGAGGCGGUGCAAAGGAGCCCCCAGAACCACCUACUAUAGGCAGCAAGAAAAAGUCCAGUAAAAAAGAUGUGAUAAGUCAAACCAUACCAAACUCAGACCUAGACUGGGUCAAGAAUGCUCAGAAAGCAUUUGACAAUACAGAAGGGAAAAGGGAAGGCUACUCUGCAGAUAAUGCCCAAGAGGUAUCACCCGCCAGGCAGAAUGUGAGUUCCGUCAGUAGUCCUGAAAAUGACUCAAGCCAUGUCCGGAUUACUAUCCCUAUCAAGGCACCCUGCCUAGAUCCGAGCAGCCAUAAGAGGAAAAAGAGACCGUCCAUCAAAGCAGUGGUGGAAAAGAUCAUGCCAGAGAAAGCCCUGGCUUCUGGAAUCACUAUGAGCAGCGAGGUAGUUAAUAGGAUACUUUCCAACCCCGAGGGUAAUAAGAAAGAUCCCCGUGUCCCUAAGUUGGGUAAAAUGAUGGAGAAUGAGUCCCCCUCAGCUGGCCUCGAAACUGGUGGAAAUGCCGAGAAAGUUGUCCCAGGAGGCUUAUCUAAGCAGCGGAAGCCACCCAUGGUCAUGACGCCUCCAACAUGCACAGAUCACUCUUCAAGAAAGCUGCCAGAAAUCCAGCACCCCAAAUUCGCUGCAAAACGGAGGUGGACAUGCAGCAAACCCAAAGCCAGCAGUCUGCUUCGGGAGGCAGUCAUGGCCACCUCCGAUAGACUGAUGGUGGAACCUCCGUCUGCUUAUCCCAUAACCCCGUCCAGCCCCCUGUACACCAACACAGACAGUCUUACUGUGAUCACGCCGGUCAAAAAGAAGCGGGGACGGCCAAAGAAGCAGCCUUUGCUCACAGUUGAGACGAUUCACGAGGGGACUUCCACCAGUCCGGUCAGUCCUAUCAGCCGGGAGUUUCCCGGCACCAAGAAAAGAAAGAGACGACGUAGUUUAGCGAAGUUGGCCCAAUUAGUGCCAGGAGAGGACAAACCCAUGAGCGAGAUGAAAUUUCACAAAAAAGUUGGAAAGCUUGGGGUGUUGGAUAAGAAGACCAUCAAAACUAUCAAUAAGAUGAAAACACUCAAGAGGAAAAAUAUCUUGAACCAGAUCUUGUCCUGCUCCAGCAGCAUUGCGCUGAAGGCCAAAGCGCCCCCCGAGACCAGCCCGGCGGCCGCCGCAAUAGAGAGCAAACUGGGCAAGCAGAUCAACGUCAGUAAGAGGGGCACCAUCUACAUUGGCAAGAAGAGGGGCAGGAAGCCGAGGGCAGAGCUGCCACCCCCAUCCGAAGAACCCAAAACAGCCAUCAAGCACCCGAGGCCUGUCUCUAGCCAGCCGGAUGUUCCCGCCGUGCCUUCCAACUUUCAGUCACUUGUGGCGUCUUCACCAGCAGCUAUGCACCCACUUUCGACACAGUUAGGUGGGUCCAAUGGCAACCUGAGCCCCGCCAGCACUGAAACCAAUUUUUCAGAGUUGAAAACUAUGCCAAAUCUCCAGCCCAUCAGUGCUCUUCCAACCAAAACCCAAAAGGGAAUCCAUAGUGGGACCUGGAAGCUGUCUCCACCCAGGCUGAUGGCCAACUCCCCUUCACACCUUUGCGAGAUCGGGUCACUCAAGGAGAUAACGCUGUCCCCUGUGAGCGAGUCCCACAGUGAGGAGACAAUCCCGAGUGACAGUGGCAUCGGGACAGACAACAACAGCACGUCUGACCAAGCGGAGAAGAGUUCCGAAUCCCGACGCAGGUACUCUUUUGAUUUCUGCUCCCUGGACAACCCGGAGGCCAUCCCAUCUGACACCAGCACAAAGAACCGGCAUGGCCACCGGCAGAAGCAUCUCAUUGUGGACAACUUUCUGGCCCACGAAAGCCUCAAGAAGCCAAAGCACAAGAGGAAACGGAAAAGCCUGCAGAACCGGGAUGAUCUCCAGUUUCUGGCAGACCUGGAAGAGCUCAUCACCAAGUUCCAGGUGUUCAGGAUCUCCCACCGGAGUUACACCUUUUACCAUGAGAAUCCGUAUCCCAGCAUUUUUCGGAUUAACUUUGAUCACUAUUACCCGGUGCCAUAUAUCCAGUAUGACCCGUUGCUCUAUCUUCGUAGGACUUCAGACUUAAAGUCAAAGAAGAAGCGUGGUAGGCCUGCAAAAACCAAUGACACCAUGACAAAGGUGCCUUUUUUACAAGGGUUCAGCUACCCUAUUCCCAGUGGAAGUUACUAUGCACCCUAUGGAAUGCCUUACACAUCAAUGCCUAUGAUGAACCUUGGUUACUACAGUCAGUACCCAGCUCCUCUGUACCUGUCGCACACUCUCGGAGCAGCGUCCCCAUUCAUGAGGCCAACAGUGCCACCACCUCAGUUCCACACGAGCUCCCACGUGAAGAUGUCUGGUACAGCGAAGCAUAAAGCAAAGCAUGGAGUGCACCUGCAGGGGCCCGUGGGCAUGGGCCUCGGUGACCGGCAGCCACCCCUGAAUCCUCCCAAGGUGGGCAGCGCCAGCCUGUCCGGCGGCCGGCUGCACAAGAGGAAACACAAACACAAGCAUAAGCACAAGGAAGACCGGCUUCUGGGGACUCACGACAACCUGAGUGGUCUCUUUGCGGGCAAAGCCACAGGCUUCUCCAGCCACAUCCUGAGCGAGCGGCUGGGCAGCGCCGACAAAGAGCUCUCCCUGGUGAGUGAGAAAAACAAGCAUAAGGAGAAGCAGAAACACCAGCACAGUGAAGCCGGCCACAAAGCGUCCAAGAACAACUUCGAGGUGGACACCCUGUCUACGCUGUCGCUUUCUGAUGCCCAGCAUUGGACGCAGGCCAAGGACAAAGGUGACUUGAGCAGCGAGCCUGCGGACUCGUGCACAAAAAGGUACUCUGGCAAUGGCGGGGACGGCGGCAGCGCGAGACCCGAGAGCUUGGACGUGUUCAGUGAGAUGAAUCCUCCGAACGACAAGUGGGACAGUGAUGUGAGUGGGAGUAAAAGGAGGAGCUACGAAGGCUUUGGGACAUACAGGGAAAAGGACAUCCAAGCCUUCAAGAUGAACCGCAAGGAGAGAAGUUCCUAUGACUCCUCCUUAUCUCCAGGUGACUUUCCUCCUGUUCAAGAUUACCAGAGACUCUUCUGUCUACUCCAGAUGCAGAAUCAGAAGGAAUCAGAGACCAUAAAGAAACUCAGGACAAAAAGAAGUGUCAUGCCCAAAGUCAUAGAGCUAAAGACAAGGAUACCAAGUCCCCACCUAAAAGUGGACCAAACAGCAACACAUGGUAAGAACGAGGGCUCAGUAUCCACCAUGAUGACCAGGAAGAAGCCAGCUGCAGUGGACAGUGUUGCAAUCCCACCAGCCCCAGUGUUAUCUCUUCUUGCUGCAUCUGCAGCAACGUCGGACGCAGCCAGCUCCUCCCUGAAGAAGCGAUUCAAGCGCCGGGAGAUCGAAGCCAUCCAGUGUGAGGUGCGGAAAAUGUGCAACUACACCAAGAUUCUGUCCACCAAGAAGAACCUGGACCACGUGAACAAGAUCCUGAAGGCCAAGCGGCUGCAGAGACAAUCAAAGACGGGCAACAACUUCGUCAAGAAGAGGAGAGGGCGGCCCCGAAAGCAGCCCACGCAGUUCGAUGAGGACUCCAGAGACCAAAUGCCGGUGCUGGAAAAAUGCAUCGACCUGCCCAGCAAAAGGGGUCAGAAGCCGAGCCUGAGCCCGCUCGUCUUGGAGCCGGCCGCCAGCCAAGACACGAUCAUGGCCACCAUCGAGGCGGUCAUCCACAUGGCCCGGGAGGCGCCGCCCCUGCCCCCGCCGACGCCCCCGCCCCUCCCGCCGCCGCCGCCGCCGCCGCCCCCGCCGCCCCCUCUGCCCAAGACCCCCCGAGGAGGCGGGAAGAGGAAACACAAACCCCAGCCUCCCGCCCAGCCCCCGCAGCAGCCGCCCCCGCAGCAGCCCCUUCCCCAGGAGGAGGAGGUGAAGGCCAAAAGGCAGAGGAAGUCGCGAGGGAGUGAGAGCGAUGUCCUUCCCUAGGGUGGGUCUGGGCGUCUGAACCUGGGGGCUGGGGGGACUGACGCGUUGGAAGUGCAGUGAGCCGGGGCUGGGCCGGAAUCCCCGCUACAGGGGCACCAUGCCCUUCUCUCCAGAAGCUGGACAGGCAGACUCGGGCCAGAGGACGGGGUUGAGCCUUCAGGAGCACUUGGAAAAGCAAAGCAGGGGGGGCCGUCUUCAAAAGAAGCGUGUCUGUGCUUUACAGCAGUUCCCAGCCAGGGGGCACUUCAGUAUGGCUAGAUCCGUGACAGGCCGCACAAGACCCAUCAAGGAGGAGAAGGAUGGUGGUGCUCUCUGACAGCCGCCAGACCUCCCCCAUCCAAGGUGCGCCCUUGAUUCCGUUACAUUUGCUGGCCAGGAAAAUUGAAAGGGAAACGCCCUCAAUUAGGAAACAUUCCAAGCUGCAAAUUUCUCCACUGGCUUUGUUGUAAUCCACUUCCAUUUAAUUGGUUUUAAUUUCUUUUGGUUUUUCAAACUCGGCUAGGCUUUGGGCCACCAACAUCAUCUUCAGGUGACCUGAAUCUUUCCAUUAACAAUACAGUUUCUCAGAUGGACUCCUGUCAUCGGAGGGUGGUGUUCUAGUGAUAGGCAACCUUAGACAUGCAUUCAUAUUCUUCUGUGUGUCUCCUCUAUCACACAUACACUGAUUUUUAGCAUCAUCUGUUCCUACUUUUUCUUUGCCCAUGGUACUUCCACAUACCUUUUCAUUAACUUACUUGCUGCCCUCUUUUUCUUGGUACACACCUAAAUAAUGUAAACCUUACCUGUGUCGUAAUGUUCACCCUUGGCAUGCUGUCCCAAGGAACUUGGCUUUGAAUUCCAGUCAUUGUGAAACAAAUAUUUAGUAUUGAUAGAGCCUUUUAAAAGUAAGCAAUUUCGAGCAGUUGACGAUAUGGUGACCCAGUUGUCAAGCAGGUUAUUUUUAUACUUAAAACAUAUCAGCAAAGAAUAGGCAGAAUAAAAUGGUUUUAAUGCCCCGUAGAAAAUGGAAUAACUGACAAAUCACCAAAAAUUGAACCCCAGACCCACUAGAAAGACAAGUGUCUAGCAAUGCCUUGGUAUGUGAUUUUUUUUUCAUACUAAUAACUAUCAGAGGUCAUUGAAAAAAGGGAACAAGAAGACAAUAGAAGUCAAUUAUCUCUCUUCAUGAAAGCAAAUGGGAGUAAGUGUUCUUAUCUGGGAAAAAAAAAAGAAAAUGCUCAAAGGGUGUCACCACUCCAAUCCUAUCACGCCACCUUGGACAAAGCAUCCAAGUUGUGGUUGCCUUAAUAAACUGAAACAUUUUGUACAUAAUGUAAUUAUAAAUCUAUCAGUCUGCAUGGAUGCAAACUGUGUGUGACAAAUCGUCUUUUAAAUGGUCAAUUUCAACUGUACAUUUCUCAUCCAAGUUGUACUCUAGCCAUUGGUUUAGCGUGGACAGAUAUUCCAUCUCUAUUAUCCAUCUCCACAGCCCAAGUAAAACAUGUUAAGAAACUCAGAAUGAAUAUGAAGUUAUUCCAUUGCCAUAGAUGUUUUCUAAAAGUCAGAUGUGGAAAUUUCAAAUAAGUAUUUUCAAUUUCCUCCCUCACUCCUCCCUUUACUUUCCCUAAGACAUCAAAUACCUGGUAUGGUAAAUUAUAAAAAAAAAGAGACACUGAGAGACAGAAUUAAAUUUUCUAAAGGGAAUUAGAAUAUCUGGUUUACCUCCAAAUUAAGUUUCUUUACAGGAAGUUGGGAACGGAAAUCAUAUUAUCACUUCAGAACACAACAUUAUUUCCCUAGAGAAAGAAGGAUUUUUGUUGGGAACAUAGGAGAAUAAGGGAUGUGUUAUCUAUGGGAGUAAAUUUUAAAAUCCCAAGUUAACAUGCUUGCAAACAUCACUGCUCUGUCACGGCACCAGCAGUUGGUUGCAAUUACCCACAGAGUCAUCCUGUUCUGCACUGUCACCACGGACUUCACAUCAUGCGCUGCCACUAGGUCAGUCGCAUUUAAUCCCAGCAAUAUGUAAGUUUAAGGGAGUGCAUUCUCCUGUUCUUCAAAGCUUAUAUCAUAGAUACUCAGUUUGUGACCUAGGUGGACCUUUGGCAUUUCACACAGGUUGAACAGCAAAAUCAAACCAACCACUUUCAAUUUGUCAUUCCCAAGCCAUGUCUGAAUGGUUCCAAAGUCACUCAAGAGGAAGGUUUAAAUUAGCCCCACUCACCCCACCAUUGCUAUGAAAGAGCAACCAUUUUCAUUCCAAUUAAGCCAUAAAGAGGUUUCUCUCUUGUUGGAUUUUGAAAAUAAUUGUAUUUCAUUCUUUCUUUUGCCCUUCCUCCUUCCAGUGUUGUACUGUUUCCCCAACCAAAUCUGUGAGCAGACUAAAUCUUCCUGCAGAGGGGAAUGAACUGGCACUCUCUAAGCUUCUUAAGAAAAGACAAUGCUUAAUUGGCAUUAAGGUGAGAAACUUCAAGUAACCCUAGGAUACAUUAGAAUUUCCAAACCAAUGAAAAGUAUUCCAGACUUGCAGACUUGCACCUUAUACAUAAAUUCAGUUCUACAGUUGUCAUGUGAGUCAAAUGCAAAUCCUCUACAUUUAUGAUCCUAAAAAUAGAUUGGAAAACUGCAGAGGAGCAAAACUGAGACAGGCUAAGCCACUGUUUGGAGGUGGAAGCAAGCCCAGUCACCUGCAGGGCUUUCCCCUCUUUCCCAUCAACUCCUCCCUCAGUAUCAUGUUACUUUAAUUUUUUCUUUUGCUUUCCAUUCACCUAACUCAUCUUAUUAGUACAACCGUUUCCUCAUUUUCUAACUACCCCCUUUGCAUUAGCCUCUCCUCUCCUGUCCAGACUUAACAUUGGGCCAGUCUCAUUUCACAUCUGGUUGGUUGCAGAACCAGGAAGAGAACACAGCUCUUCUGAUUUGUGUUGUGGGGGUCUCUACCCAAUAUGCCUUUUGUGGCUGCAUAUUUAUUUAGAGAAAAUGUCGUUUGGAUGCAUAAGACUCCAUAAACAGAUCCAAAAGUAGUUCAUAAUAAGAGAAAUUCCUUGGUUUUCUGUUUCCUGGAAUACUUGCCAUCAGCAAGCAGGCAUGAACACACUUAUAGGGAGUCUGAUUAGGGGUGAGCAAAGGAUGAAAUUAGUACAAAAACCACCUUGAAGGUGAUAAUGGGUCUCUGAGCCACCUUCCUAAGUGUCUGGGGAGCCACUUGCUUUUCAACCCCUCAUCUCAAAAGAGAGGAACAGAAUUUAACUUCCUAUAAUAGCAUGCCUCCGGCUACAACCCAAGGAAGACAGGUCGAAGGAAGGGAGAGCAUGUCAGGGCUGGCUCGUGAUUUGGCAGGCCUGGGACUCAACAGCCACUGACAGCCCCAAGUAGGUGACUAAGGGCCAACAGGAUUAGCAGGUUAACUUGGCUGCUGUCCGGAGUGGGAGGCCACAUUUGAUGGCAGUUGGAGUUUGUGUUCUGGGCAUUGCUGGGUCUAUAAAUAUGAUAAGCAAGUGGUGACAGAAUUAUAGUAUAAGGUGAUGUACUACAUGGAGAUCAUAAAGGAUUUGGUUUUGGGACUUAAGUAGAAAAUCCCACUCCUACAGCUUAUUACCCAACAAUAUUCAGAUAAUGAGCUUUUGGAGAAUAUUUUUUUCCCUACCACUAGGAAGAUUUACCUGGGAACUGUCUAAAGUCUAUUCAUAUAUUUCCAAAGCCUUUAAAUGCCAACUGUAGCAUGGAGAGGGGGGUGGGUGGCAGAAGCCGAAAUGCCUCAAAAGCCAUUUAAGUGUUACAUUGCAGGAUUUUCAGUCCUUCACAUUAUGUAAAAGUAGAUAAAUAUAGACAUUCUCAACACUACCCUAUAGUAUCACAAUGGUCCAAAUGCCAGAGCUUACAGAUAAUGUCAUCACAGUGCCUAGAAACUCGAACUGUAAUAUACCGUAGCAUUUUCUUGGUGUUUUUAAAAAUUUCUUUCCACAAUACCAGGCUCCCCCUGCCUCUUGUUUCUUGGAGAGUUUGCCCUACUAAUGAGUCUGCCUCCCUUGCUGGACUCAGUCACUUGGGGAACAGUCUUAGAAGCACAUAUCAACCAAGGAAGAAACUUCCUGGAUAUUCUUGCCCACUUGCCCAGGUAUAAUAAACACUAAAGGGGGGAAAAUUGAAAAGAGCUGCCACUGGUCAACACAGAAGGGCAGUUCCAGCUUAGGUUGGUGUAUUUCUUUUUCUUCCUUUUUUAAAAAAAUCUAUUUCUUAAAUAAUAAUAAAUGCACAUGAUGUGUUAAAUAUGUAUAUAUAUAUUUCAAAAGAAAAAAAUGGGGCACAAGAUUGUCUUACAAGUCGUGCUGGCUAAUUUUUAGUUUGUAUUCAUAAGUGGUUUUUAAAAGCCUUUUUUAAAGUGUAAUUUGCAUGUUCUACUUUGAUUGUAUGUAAACAUAUUUUAGAACAAAAAAUGUAUUUGUAUUUUAUUGAAUAUAGAGGCGAGAAAAAUUGUACAUUGUUUGAAAUGUUCUUUUUGUAACAGUUUUUAUUCAUAAAGCAUUUUUGUACAUUUAAAAUGAACAUGGACUUGCUGUUAUUUGAGGCGUAGAUACAUCUGGCAUGCUUUACUGUCAUGCUCCUCCAUGGUCUUAGAUGUUGGGUUUUAAACAUUUUUUCUAAAAGAAAGCUCAGUCUUUUUCGCUACCAGAUCAGGUUAGCACAGUAUAGAGCACUUAACUAUUAAAAAAAAAAAAAGUUAAUCCUAUUCAUAUGUUAUUCAUUGUGUGAAAUUAAAGACAUUCAAUUCAG